AUGCAAAAUAGCCGUUAGAGAAAAAAAAAGGUAACUAAACUUUGGAGAGCCAGAGAUAAUUUCGCGGAAAUUAAGUUGAACACGACAUGAGAAUUUCAACUUGAAGUCGGCGCGUUAUUUUUUUUUAUGUAGACAGAUCUGCGUAUAUUCUCAAUUUAAGGUCAAACUCACCAAACGUCCCACUGAAUGAAAUCUGUGCCUGUUGAAACAUUUCGCGACUCGGCGCUAUUGUUCCAGAGUUGAAGAUUUGGGAGUUUUAUUCAAACGGAAAGGUUAUGAAUUCUUUUUAAAGAACUAUAUGCAUAAAUAUAUUUAAGUUAUUAAAUUUAUAGAAGAACAUGGGAAGGAUGAGGAAGAAAAAGACAAGGAAGUCUUGGAGGUGUUCAUUUGAUACGAAGAAGUUUCGACAGGUUGGUCAAUAACUUUUAAAUUGUUUUUCGCAUAUCUAAACUUCUUUCAAAGCGCGGAAACAAUAUUUUUGAGUUCGAUGAAUUAUUACAUGAUUAAGAGAAGAAGUCUAUUUUUCGUUUUUCGAAUGUUCUAGGCAAACUCCAAACUUCCAAUAUUCCUAAUACUUUUUUGAAAUUUCGCUCACAAAUGGUCGAACUUCACAGCUCCAAGUUUCUACUGUUUCGUUUUCAAAAUCUUCUUAGAAUCACUCUUAUUACGAAUUGAUUGUAGGAAUAACUAUGCCCUAUCCCGACGGAAACUUCUUUCUUUACUCCUUUUUCACGUAGUUAUUCUCUCUCUCUCUCUCCAAUGUUUUUUCUUGAAACGUUCCUCUGUUUUGAAAAACUCCUGUGCAUCCCGCGAGGCUUUUUUCAUCUAAAUAAGAACACGCGAGAUGCUCGUUUCUCAUAUGCAUCUCAAAAAGUUCAAUAAAGAAGAUGAGUGGUCGAGAAACUCUUCCGACUUCCUCUUCUUACCCGGACAUAAAUAUGUAGAGUGUCUAGUAUUCAUCAUUUGCGAUGUACUUAACGUUUGCACUAUAAAACCACGUCUCAUAAAUAAGGUUCAUUCAUUCGAAACAUUAUAUAUAAUACGUAUGUAGGUAAACGUUUCUUUUUUUCGCAUUUUCUGCGGCCAAUCGAGGAUCCUUGAGCAGGUUGAAGUAGAGAUAGAAUAUGUAGAAAAAUCUUGUCAAAAUGAAAAAAAAUAAUGAUAUGGCGGGUUAUGAAGGAAUAAGCUCCUCCGGCUUCUCUGACCCAUCCAUCAGAAGGCCGAGGGCGGCGCCUGCCGUGACGACUCCUCAUUCAUCUUCAACAAAUGCGCAUAAAGUUUACAUUUGUGAAGAACGGCCGCAUUAACAUCUCAUGGCUACCUACCGUAAACUUCGAAAGUCAUUUUUUUCAGUCAUUCAGAUACUUUUGAAACGUGCCAAUAUUUUCGAUAUCAUUAUCCUUCAUUUCGUUGAUAAGACAUAUUAUUUGGAAAUUUCAACAACUUUGCCUUUUCAAUCCAUUUUCUUUUCGAAUCGGGUAAUCAAUUUUUCUAGAUUCUUCUGAAUCGAUUUCAACUUUUAUUCAAAAAACUAAAAUAUUUUCUUUAAUUCUAUCCUUCUUUCUGUAAUUCAGCUUCCUCAUUCAAGUACAUCUUGCGGUCAUAUAGUUUUUUUUUGAUUUACAGCCGUACUAAAUAAUGGUCAUUAAGUGUUAAUUUUCCCCGUACUUUUUUUUUUCACAAAUGGAGGAAAAAAUAAUGAAAAUCUUUUCGGUAUAUUUGAUUGAAAUUAGUUCUCAUAAAUAACCUCAGCGAAAGAGUGGAACCUCAAAGAAAGCUAAAAAUGUUUUAUGAAGAGCUCGAUGAACGGAAAAAAUUUUACGUUCUAUUUACAAAAACCUACGCUCACUUCUCAUUAGUAAUAUGGAGAAAAUGAGGUGGAAUGAAGUUUUUAUUCAUUUUUUUUAUCAAAAAAAACUUUGAAAAAGUUCCUCUAAUGCAUUCUAAUCUUUUGAAAAAAAAAUCCCUCGACUUUUUCUCAUAAAACAACUUCGACCACGACUAUUAUUUAUAAAGUAUUUGGCCUUAAUUGCGUCUAGCCUGAGAGAAUCUCUGAGGGAAGUUUCGCGUUUCCCGUCAACUUCUUUACACGAAAAUCGUAGGUCACUAUGAAGAGCUUUCUAAUUAUUGUCUUGCACCAGAGUUUUAUGGAUCUCGUGAAUUUCCCAUUUCAGAUCCUUCUCUGAAAGUCGAAGACCCUUUUCAAUGUUAAUAAAGGUUAUGCAAGGGUGAUCGUUUUUAACUCUUGCAGAGAGAUUUUUCAAACAGACUAGAACUUGUCACAUAUCAACGUCACUAUCUUCUUUUGUUUUCUGGCUUUUGAUGUAAUGAAAAUUGCAAAAUUUGAAAUAAGAACAUCUGCAAUAUCGGAGAGCGAUUCAAAUCGGAAUUUUCGGUGUUCGGACUCUGCGAAAUUCAAUUUAGAGCUCUUAAUCCUUCAGACUGAUGGUCUACUUUUUGAUCUCUUUCUUUUUUUUUCUCUUUUUCUGCUUUUCUCUCGCAUUAUUCAGUGGCGCGAGGUCGGUCAAAAAGGAGUUAACGAGAAAACCUUCAGACUCACAUUAAGAAUGCUCCUUAUUUUUAAGGCACCAACUCGCAAACACUAACACGAAAAAGUUUUGAAGCUUCUGAAAGUUGGUUUCAACUGGUUCGAAGUAUUUCAUAACUCUUUUUUGAAGAAAGCGUCGUCUCGACUUUCUUAGUCAAUUAAAUGUUCAGAAAACAAGAGAGAUAGUAUUUGAUAAUGCUAAUCCCUUGCAGUGUUUUUAAUGCACCCUGAAUAGAAAGCUAGAGAUUUUUUGCGUCGAGGAUUCCCUUUUUGAUGAGUUCAACACAGAUCUCCGUUCUUCUUGAAUUCUUUUAAAUUUCCCCGACGAGCGAAAACAAGCAACCAAAUUGUCUUUUUUCUGGAAGUAGGUUCAAACUUUCAGUUCAGACCGAAUGUAAUAUCUUUUUCUGGUUUUUAUCAGAAGCUGUUCAUUCGAUAGAAGAGUUACUUUCGGAAGUUGAAAACUGAAAAGGCUUUUCUCUCUUUUUGAGAUGCGCAGUUCUUCUGAAAGCUCUUGAAACUUUGUUCCCCAACUUUUUUUUGGCUUUUCCUGUGGCUCUUUCAUCGCUAAGUUCAGCUCUUGACGUUUUCUCAGAGUUUGCUUUGGUCGUUCAUAAAAAUUUUGAAUAACUCUCCGCUUUUCUCACUUCUUCUUUUAGUGUUGGGCUGAUGUUAAGAUAAUACUCCGUUUUUAAUGCUUCUUUUCGUGUUUUCGUGAACUUGUUUUUGCUAGCCAGUUUCACGGUGACAUGAUGGUUCUUUUCAAGAAAUAUCUAAAAAUAAGAAAAAAACAACUUCUCAAGUUUACUUGUCACUCCUUUUCUUUUAUAAUGAGCUUCACAUGUGAUUUUUUCUACGAAGGUGGUUAUUCGCAAUUUGUCUGGAUUCCAAGCUUCAUUAAAAGAAAAGUCGAAAGGUUUUUUGGGAACGCCUUCUCCGAAGCUCCGCCCCUCUGAGAGCAAUUUGAUUUCGCCUCUUCCAAAUGCUUCUUUUAAUUUACAAAAUUUUCUCGAGGGAACCCUGCUCCGAGAUUCAUAUUUCUUUUGUCCAUCUUAUGGAAAAUUUAUUAUUUGUUUAGUUGGUAUAACUCUGUCAUUUUUGAUUACUUUUUUUUUCAUUGCCAACAUUUCUUAAGGUUUUUAAAUUGUACAAAGUUACACUUUUGUUCUGUGGUAUGAAAAAAAGACCAGCGAAAAUUCAAACGGCGACUUUUCCGAUUUUUUCAUAUCGCUAGAGAACUUUCCGACGGCCACCUUUCCGACGAAUUUUUUCCGACUUUUUUCUCGAUGAACUAUUCGUUUUAGAUCUUUCUAUAUAAAUUAGGCAAGUUAUUCAUGAUUAAAAAACAAAGAAUUAGGAAAAAAAAAUGUUAAUAUAUGUUUUAUAAACCGAAAAACAUCAAGGAAAAAAAGUCGGAAAAAAAUUCGUUGGAAAGGUGGCCGUUGGAAAGUUUUUCUAGCGAUACGAAAAAAAUCGGAAAAGUCGUUUUUCAAAAUUUCGCUGGUUUUUUUCCGUACCACCUUUUGUUCGUGUCCUUUAUUUUUUUGAGAUUUAUUUUUUUCUUCAAGUUUCAGUCAAACAAUACCUGUAACAAUAAAGAUGCAUCUUUUAUUACCUCCUAAUCUUUUUUUCAUAAAUUAUCGCUUUUUUUCGUGCCGGUUUUUUUGAGUUUUUCAAAAAAACUUAUAAAAUAAAUCGAUCAUCCCGAGCUAAAAAAACUUUUUUUAGAUUUAUUUUUUUGAGUUUUUCACUUACGAUGCUUUGUAAAUCUACCCGUGCUCGUUGAUUCUAUUUAUUUGUUAACAAGUAUCUUAUCUCUGAAUCUUUGUUUCAAAUGAUCGGUCAUUUGACCUCUGCAGGUGAUGCGAACCUGGGCCUUUUUGAAAUAACUUAUGUGAGACGUCAUUUCAUCGCAACUUGCAAUUUCUUGAAAAAAAAACUUCAAAAGUGCAGAAUGAACGGAAGCGAGACAGUGGACGGGGGUCAGCUGCGGCACGAGACUUCCGACUUCAUCCAGAUCGUCCUCUACUCGCUCUGUGUUUUAGUCGGCCUUCCUGUCAACGUCUCCACCUUUGUCUACAUGGUCCGUCGUUACAGACAUGCAAAGUCCUUCCUUUUGCUCCUCCACAUCAAUCUAAAUAUCUCUGACAUCUUGGUGAGUCUGUUUUGAAAGCUUCAUGAACGUAUGAGUCUUAGGUGCUCGGAGUUCAUGUCCCAGGGUUGAUUGGCUGGCUGGUUACUUUACAGUGGGAGGCCGGUCCCAUUUUCUGCAAAGUCAUGCGGUUACUCGAUGGCUUUGUCUUUGCCAUAAGGUUGGUCGCUUUCAAAUACCUAUCUCAUUUGUUUUUCAUGCAGGAUUAUAUUAAAAGUAUAGUUUCAAAAACGUAGCCUGGAAGAAGCCAAAUGACGUCUGACUUUUGCUAAAUCUUUCGAAAGAUCUUUUUUUGCAUUUUUCUUUAAUUUCGAUGCAAAACAGAAGGGAUGGAGGUCGAUCAUUACCAGUCCCUGAGGGCAAACUCAGACGGAAUAAUAACAAUAUUGUCGCCUUCCGAAUAACUUAUUUCUUUGAUAAAGUUUGUGAGUCCUAUGUGACGCUGAGAGACAGAAGCUCUUUUCUAAGUAUUAUUUCGCGUCGAUGAUAAACAAGGCACAUUCUGAACUCCGCACGCUCAAAGUUGAACUUCUGAUUGAUUUUGAAUUUUCGCCAAGGUUUAUUGAAAAAGUUAUUGUUUUAGAAGUUUAGACAGCUUCAUCUUAUCGACUAGGCAUGUUUUUGCAUCACAGAUACAUAGAUCUUUCCCAUUUGUUCACUGAACCGUCAACUUUUUCCAGAAACCUAAACUACGUUUUUCUGAACGAUCCCCACUUUUUUCCCCUAACUCCAGGAGUAGUUCUUAAUUUAAGAAUCGGUAUCAGCCUAGGAAUUAGAUAUUUCAUUUAUUUUCAAUGGCAGUUCGGAUUCUAUUCUGUUAAGAUGAUAACCGAUUUAAAGAAAACUUACACGGGAAUGAAUUUUUUGAUCAUCUAGACGUUUAAGCGUAGUUUUCAUUUCAUCUUUGUUCAAAAAAUAUUGCGAAACAAACGUCGAAAUCUUGCAGCUCGAACAUAAUGGUGUGCAUAGCUCUUUAUCGUCUCUACGCCUUACGGUACCCUCUUUGGGUAGCGGCGGUCGGACAUUCGCGUGUCCCGCGGAUGCUUCUCGUCGCCUGGCUCGUCGCAGGGCUUUCCGUCGUUUCGCAGCUCUACGUCUGGAGAGAAGUGCCGCAAAAUAUCGCACAACUGAUCGAACUAUUGCAAGUUGAAGGUCGAGUUUUCCGAGCCACAGAAGGUGACGCAGUGCGUGACACUGUGGACGGAGAAGCUGUGGACGACUGGGCAGCUCAGCGAGUCUGAGAAGCUAUGGAUGAACUUCUACUCGAUUGAGAACACCGUCAUUCUUUUCUACGUGCCGCUUUCUGUUCUCGUCGUCUGCUACGUACUCAUUCUCAAGGUAAUGCUGCAAUUUCAUAAAAUGUAUAAAACAAACUUUUUCUGCUUUGAAAAACUGGAACAUAUAACUAAAUAUCAUGCCUUAUCUGUCCAUUCUUGAAAAUGUUAUAAUAUUUACGCUUUUUUUGCGACGUUGAGAGAAAAGCGCAAGUCAGUGUUUCUAAUCGUCCCAAAUGAGUUAUACAAGAUAGGUUUUUCUACGUCGCCAGAUAAUAUCCAAAAAAAAAAAAAAACAGCGGGGAACUGAGAUUUUUCGGAUGGCUCUCGGAAUUAGUAAUCGAAAAAAAAGGUUCUUCCAUAUCUAUGCUAUUUUUUUAUAUCUUUAAAAAAAGGUUUAAAAAGUUAACUGGUCAGGAAAAAAACAAUUUUUUUAUACUAUUUUUUUAUUCAACUAAAACUUCAAAACCACAAAAACUCUGAAAAAAAUUCAUCAAAAAAAGCUAUCAAAACGAAAAAAAAAAUUAAGGAGCAAAGUCACGUUUUUCUAGAGUUGCCCGCCAAGAAGCCGUGUCGCACACGCAACACUUCUUCUUUCCCAAUUCGCCUAUAUCGUCUUCGAAGUCGAGAAAAAUUGCCUAGAUAAUUCUUAACUUCAUGUUUGGACUUUAAUGAGGCCUUAUUUUUUAAAAUAUAGUCGAAUCGUUUCGAAGUUAGCGAGUGUCCAAAACGAUUACAGUUCUGAUCUCCAUAUUUAUGUCUUUUUCAAUUUUACGCUCUUCAGCUCACUAGACUAGCAGUUUUUCCGUUGGCUCAAUUUUCUCUUAAAUAUUCCGAUGAUGAAUGCGCUCUCUUCUCUCCGAGAAAAGGAAUGGAAACGUUCCGAGAAGAUCUGCCGCAAAUUGAGGGAUCUUUCACUGAAAGAGCCAGGCUCAUAAGGCAUAUGCAUGAUUAACGCCGCAUGGAGGCCUACUUUAGUUUGAAGUACUGCAAACAAUUCUAAAGUCCAUAAGUUGAAGGAUAGCAAAGUGUAUGCUUUGGAGGGUAGGAAUUCGUUCAGAGGUUGAAUAAAUUUUCCAUGAGAAACUAUUGAUUUUCAAGCUGAUAAGGACUCGAACAGGAGAACAACAGUAGGAAAUAAGACUUCUCAAGUCGCUUAUAAAAAAGCUUGCAGAAAAAAGAAUUUUUUGUGUUACCAGCAAGUUUCGCCCUAAUGAAUUCGAUCGGAACAAGAUGGUAAAUUUUGAAAUACAGUACUUCAGGGGUAUAAUAAACAUAAACAUACAAGAAUUGAAAAUAAAUAGAAAAAUGCUGACAAAAAAUUGUAAAAAAAAAGUUGCAGGACAUCUACAAGACGCUGAACACCGACACGGACACGUCUUCGGCCAUGUACCUCUCCGAAGUGAGCAAGCAGUCUUCUGGAGGCAAGGCCGGGAAAUCGACGAAGAAGGAGCUCGAAAGCUGCGGUUCGUAUCGUUUCUUUGCUCCUCCGAGUUCUGGCUUCAGUGACACUGACGACGCGGACUAUACGAGGUCAGGACAAGUUUCGCAGGGCCAAGGUCCGCAGCCUCAGGAUCACUCUCAUGCUUAUUCUCACCUACGUCGUCACCUGGCUCCCCUACAAUCUUCUCGCAUGGUCUGUUCCACUUGUCUCCAUUUAAAAGUUGAAUAGUGAAAGCCAACUUUUACCGCAAAAAGACGGGUUAAGUUAGAAGCCGUAUGCACGAAACGGAAGAUUUGUUCACUGUGCUUCACCAGAGAAGGCUAGAAAUAGCUCUUCAAAAAUCAAAAUAGAUUUCACCUGUGGAUAACCUUUAUAACACUUUUCAUACAAAGCCAUAGAAAUUUUUCAAGAAAUUGUGCAAUAUUAAGUUUUUUUACCAUUUUCUAGAAAAAAAAAAACAAUAAACGGUCCCUGAUCUUUUUAAAAAUCUUUAUUGAAUACUCGCCUCUUUGUGAAAAGGCGCUCUUCCUCAGCGAGAGCCUUCAACAAUCUUUCCAAUAAUUCUUCAUAAUUUUAACUGUAGUUCUUUUCAAGCCUUCUGAAUCAGGAUGAAGAAUUAUAAUCUUACAUUAUAGUUCUAAGUUUUUUUCUAAUCCUAUCUCUGCAGGUGGAUGGUGCUCAACUUCGAAUCGUACAAGGCCAACCUUGACGCCAACUAUAUUUUCACGUCGUUGGUAGUGUUAAACAGCGUCAUAAAUCCGUUCAUAUACGGCCGGUGCGUCCAUUCAGGCCAACUAUGUAGCGUCUAAUUCAGCUGUCAGGCGGUCUCGUUCUUCUUCUCGUGCCAUCAGCUCCCGACCGCCGCACGGCCAAAAAAGCUUUGUCGGAUGUUGCAAAGAUGAUCUUGAUAGCGUCACAUGA